UGUUCACAAUGCAGAAUUGUGUGAACUUAUAAUGUACUCAUCUAUCAGUGGAGCUUGAUAACCGCUGGUAUUCUUUCACUUUUUUAUUGUAAUGAAAAGAGCAAACUAGACAUUUUGCUAGGUAGCUCAUUUAUGUUCCAAGCUACAUGAUGGUAAAUAAAUGGCCGAAUUUCAUUUCAGGUAAACUAUUCUUUGUGUGUCCUGUUAAAGGUAGUUGUUCAUGAAUCAUCCAUUCUGGAAUCUGUAGGCAGGUUUAUUUAUACACCACGUCAACGGUAGUUUAAAGCUCUUUACAUAAAAAUGACUUUUUAAAAAUAGUAGUCAUAAAAAGGUACAUAAGAAAUAAUAAGGAGCAAAAUUCGGGACACCCCUGAUAACUUUUGGAAGCUUUUUCCAGCUGUGGGUGGCAUAUUAGCUAAAUGCCUUCUCACCAGCAUAUCUGCACGGUAUUUUGUAACAAGGCCAUUAUGGGAAUUCCAUACAAUUAAAAGUAUUCUGAAAUGGAACGGGAAGCCAAUAUAAUGACCUAAUGACUGAUAAUAAGCUCAGUUUUUUUGGUUUUGGUCAGGAGCCUGCAGCAGUGUUUUGUAUGAGCUGUAACUGUCUAAUAGUCCUCCAGGGAAGGCCAGUGAGAAAUCUAUUGCAGUAAUCUACCCUGCUGCUCAUGAAUGCAUGAAUAAGCUUCUCUUGUGCACGAAGGAUCUGAUUUGUACUGUUUUAGAUGGUAAUAGGCUGAUUUAGUUAGUGCUUUUAUAUGGUUUUUGAAAUAAUAUUCCAGAAUGAUACCAAGGUUCCUGACUUUGAUAUUUAAUAUUUAUUGCCAAAUAUAAUUACCGCUUCUUUGUCUUAAGUUUAUUCAACUUGGAAUGCUGUAAAUUUUAUUUAUGCACUGGCACAGACUAUGGGACUGAAGUCACUUGGAGAGAGAUCAAGGUAGAUCUGGGUGUCAUUUGCACAGCUGUGAUAAGCAAUAUUUUUGUUCUCAAUUAUAUGGCCAAUGGGAGCAUAUAUAAAUCGAAUAGUUCAGGCUCAAGGAUUGAAACUUAAGGAAGUCCAUGUAUCAAGGCAGCCCAGUUAGAUUGGUAAAUGUUCACAAAGUUGCACUCCCUGCUAAAUAUGGCCUGAACCAUCUAAGCACUGUCUCAGAGAGUCCUACCCACAUUUUCAGUCUGUUAAAGAGUACAUUGUCAUCGACCAAAGUCCAAAACCAACAUUUUGUCUGAAUCAGUAUUUAAAGAGACGGUUCACCCCAAAAAUGUGAAUUUUGCCAUCUUUUACUCCUCUUAAGUUGUUCCAUACCUGUAUGAGUUUAUUUCUUCUUUUGAACACAAACAGUUGCUGGGAUACUUUCCACACUAUGGAAGUCAAUGGGGUCCAUCAACUGUUUGGUUACAUUCUUCAAAAUAUAUUUUGUGUUCAGCAGAAGAAAGAAACUCAUAUAGGGUUGGAACAACUUGAGUAAAUAAUGAAAAUGUUCAUCUCAUUAAGUAAAUAUCUUAUUCAGUGCUGCCUCUGUGCUGUUUAGAAACAUUGCAGCGGCACCAUUUUAGAUAAUAUUGCAGAUUUUUGUCAUUUAUUGGAGAUGUAAUUGUGCAUGCUUGUUUCUCAAUUUUUACAUUUACAAUACAUUUGCCUCAUCUGAUGCUCCCUUAAAGUUAAUCAUUAAAAAGUCUCUUAUAUUUAGCAAAUCUCUUGAAUACAAAUUAAUCUACUUUUACUGUAAUGAUGUAGCAUCUUAAAUGGCUGAUUUUAGUAUUUUAUUUUUAAUUUAUAUGCAAAAAAAGUAGCCAUUUAUCGGCUUGUGGCCAUAACAUGAAAUAAGUGUUUUAUUAGUAACAGCCACAAUUUUAAUAUGGGUGCAUUACUAGUCCAGUCCGUUCAAUCCCAGGCACCAUCGGAAGUGGCAUUAACUAGUCUAUUACCAAUAGUAACGUGGGCGCUUUAUAUAAACUACAUCUAAUCCAUGAUCCAUAACAAAUAUAACCCAGUACUGUUGAUUUCAUGUCGUUUGUCCGCUGUUGGACAGCGUUAUUUUGUUUGAUCGCGAGCUCCGCAGCGCCCCCCUGCAGCUCGAAAACUUUCCCGUCUCGAAGUGAUUUCCUCCCCUGUUUUUACUUCCUGUUUUCUAAGGGAGUCACUUAACUCAGAUCGUUUCUCCUCAUCAGGGUUUCACUAUGCGUUUCUCCUUCUGCCGGUAGUUUUUACCGAUCUCUCCGUAGGGAUUUCGGGACAUCCACACGUAUAUUCUGCUUUAGAUGGAGGUCGGAGGGCUGAAGUCAGUCGUGUCUACGGCUCUAAUGGAUUUUACGUAGACUUGUGUUUUGUUUUAAUGCCUUUUACUGCCUUCCUGGUCGUUUUAACAUCAUUCGGUUUCCUCCUCCGCUGAGUGUCCAGCCUCGACCGCCCCUUUAACUCCAGCAACAAUGUAACUAACUCGAUCGCUUGUUCAUCUGUCUUCCGCCGAGCUCGACUCCGAAGACCGCCGCGCGCGAUCGCCGCUAUUAAAGUUUGACGCUGUAGUCACGUUAUCGUGUAUUUCUUCGCCAAACUUUACGAUGGCCGAGCUGCAGCGGCCGACGCUGUGUUGCUGUCGGAAAGUGCUGACCGUGCCCGGUAACAAGUCCUGCGAGGGCGGCCGGAGUCUGGCGCACUGUCGCCUGGUGGACGUCGCGUCGGCGUCCAACUUCCACAGCUUUAAACUCCGACAUUUCCACCUGGACCUCCACCUGAACUUCGCCGUCAAGAGGAUGACGGGAUGGCAGGUUCUGGAGCUCACGCCCGUCCAGCCCGGCGUCCAGUCGCUCAUUCUGGACACGCAUCCUUCGUUAUUAAUUCAUUCCGUGGACUGCAAGGUGCCCGGCGCCUCCGGUGCUCCCGACGUGUUUUUGUCGCUCACCUACCGAAUAGAACCGUUUACCGAUUACGGAUCCUCUCUGAACAUCAGCCUCCCUGCCGCGGUGAUCCGGCCGCACCGGGCUUUCCGUGUCACCAUCCGCUACACUACCACAGACGGCCCUGCGAUUUGGUGGCUGGAUGCCGAACUGACAUGCGGACAAACCCGACCAUUGGUCUUCACUCAGGGUCACUCGGUCUGCAACCGGUCAUUUUUUCCCUGUUUUGACACGCCAGCCAUCAAAAGCACCUACUCUGCCACUGUCAGGGUACCAGAGGGUGUUACAGUGUUGAUGAGUGCCUCAAGAAGUGCAUACUCUAAACAGGACAGGGUUUUCCAGUUCUCCAUGGAGUACCCUGUCCCAGCCUACUUGGUUGCCCUGGUGGCAGGAGACCUACAGCAUGCAGACAUUGGGCCCAGGAGUCGUGUGUGGGCAGAGCCCUGCAUCCUGACGUGUGCGGUCAGUAAACUAGGUGGCAGUGUGGAGCGCUGGCUUAAUGUGGCAGAGGGCCUUUUUGGGCCUUAUGUAUGGGGAAGGUACGACAUGGUGUUCCUUCCUCCUUCAUUCCCCAUCGUUGCCAUGGAGAAUCCCUGUCUUACUUUCAUAAUUUCCUCCAUACUGGAGAGUCAAGAGUUUCUGCUGAUUGAUGUCAUCCAUGAGAUUGCUCACGGCUGGUUUGGCAAUGCGGUCACCAAUGCUACAUGGGAAGAGAUGUGGCUCAGUGAGGGUCUGGCCACUUAUGCUCAGAGGCGCAUUACCACUGAGGCCUAUGGAGAAGCCUUCACUUGUCUUGAGACUGUGUUCCGUCUAGAUGCUCUUCACAGACAGAUGCGUCUUCUUGGAGACAACAAUCCUGUCAGUAAGCUGCAGGCCAAAUUUGAGCCAGGUGUAAACCCCAGCAGUCUAAUGAAUCUGUUCACCUAUGAGAAAGGCUUCUGCUUUGUUUCUUACCUCUCACAGCUGUGUGGCGACAUCAAGAGAUUUGAUAGUUUUCUUAGGGCCUACAUUGAGAAGUUCAGAUUCAGCAGCGUAAUCGCUCAGGAUCUGUUGGACUUUUUCCUUGGCUUCUUCCCUGAGCUGAAGGAGAGCUGCGUUGCUCAACGAGAGGGUCUGGAAUUUGAGCGAUGGCUAAAUGGCUGUGGUCCUCCGUUAUGUGAACCAGAUCUCUCGGCGGGUAGAGCUCUAACAGGCCCUGUUCAGCACCUGUGUGAUCUUUGGGGCUUGGAUUCCCCUGACCCCCAAGUGAUCUCUACAUUUGACCUCUCCUCCUGGAGCACCUUUCAGACCGUCCUCUUCCUGGACCGACUUCUAGACCGCUCACCUCUGUCUCAAGAGGUGAUGAGUCUUUUGUCAAGCUGCUACUCUGCGUUGUUGGACGGCAUGAACGCUGAAGUCCAGAUUCGAUGGCUGCAGAUUGUAGUGCGGAACAGCUUUUAUCCCGAUCUGGCCCGAGUUCGCAGCUUCUUGCAUAAACAUACCUCACGGAUGUACACAGUGCCCCUUUACGAGGAUCUGUGCGGAGGGGUGAUGAAGUGUUUUGCUGUGGAGGUAUUUUAUCAAACUCAGGCCCGUUUGCACCCAAAUCUACGCAGGACACUUCAGCAGAUACUGUUCCAAAGCAGCGCUCUCAACACCAGCACAGCUCCAUCUCUACUCACAUCACCACCCUCUGCCUCUUCAUCGCCCACAGACCCGCCUGCCAACGGGACCAUCGCCCUACGAGACGUCAAUGUGUCCGCAUGAGUUCAAAACUUCUGUGGAGAAGCAGAAGGUUUGGGGUGAAAAGCCAGAAGGGCAGAACAGGACAGGAAUUGAACUCCUUGGCUCAGACUGGACCAUAGCAAUGCAUUGUGGGAGGCCAGCGCUGAUGGGUGUACACACUCUCACCAACACUGGGAUGUCUAUUUAUAAAGGCAGACACUGAUUUUCAUAAGCUAAUCAUAAAGCUGCUCAGGGCUGUGGAACAAAGAGGAGGACAAAUGUUUGUGAUGGUUAUUAUCCCAUCACCUGUGUGUGUGUGUGUGUGUGUGUGUGCACGCGCCCGCAUAUGGAUAGGGGUAUGUCAGUAUCAAGGAUACUGGUUGCCAUCUGCUAGCCAUUACCUUUUUGAGUGUGUGGAUGUGUGUCUAUGUUUAUUUUUGUGGGUGUUUUGCAUAUGUUCCUCUGGCCUAUGCACAUCAUCUCAUGUUGUGUUUGCAUCUGUUCUCUGAGAAAUCAAUUGGAGGACUUAAGAUUUCAGAGACUUUCCUUUUGCUAGCUACACAGAGGUGUUCUGAGGAGGACCAAUCCCUGACUAAUCGCCUUCCUGGACAGUGUUUGAAAACUGGCGUGAAUGCACACAGUCUGUACUCAUUGUGCAAAUCUGAUCAUGGCCUAAUGAAGAUCCUGCAGAACCAACACGCUCUCAGCUUUUCUUUGAUAAAUAGAUUGUUUCCUUUUUGUUUAAACUGGAAUCUGUCUUUCUCAAGCUUCUCUUUCCUGGUGCUAACCACUCAACGUUAAGUCUCAGGUAUAUCAAGACAGAAGAAGUGGAGCCAUGUUAGUGCCUUUCAAACCUUUCAACACUGUGGGUGUUUUCAACACUUCUGUUCAAACGAACAGCCUGAAUUUGUUAUUUGAGCCAUACUAGGGUGACAUUGGUAACUACGGUAUUGUCCUAAAUACGUUUGUGCGAAAGGUUGUUUUCAGGAAUUGAGAUGCUGUGGUGAUUUUUUUUUUUUUAAACAAUGCAUUUUUUAUUUUACAAUAGGCAAAUUUCCUUUAAAUUAGCAUAUAUCAAAGAGAAGGUAACAGAUUAUGAUUUGUGAGAAUGCAAUGAGCGUGAUGGGUGUUCAGGGUGGGGUUAUAGGUGGAUGGGUCCAAGCUGAUCAUCAGUGGCCUUAACUACAAGCACAGUGGAAGACAGGUUCAGUUUUACAGGUAAUAAAGACAUCAGAGAGCACUUUGUGUUGUGUCUGAGGAUCCAACCUUGGAUUUUACUUUCUUGCAUAUGUGGCAGACACUCAUCAUCAGCAAGUUUCUUUAACUUGUAGAAUCAUAGCUUUUUUGAUUGAGGCUUAAACACUGCACAGCCAACAAUAAAAGGGGUUGUUUUCCAUCCUCA